AUGUGGAUCUUCUUAGAUCCUUUUAGUGCGGGUCUUUGGAUCACAAGUGCUUGUUUCUUUCUCUUUUUGGGGUUUGUCAUUUGGUUUAUCGAACAUCAUACAAACAAAGAGUUUCAAGGGGAGAAGCUGCAAAGUAAUCUAUCAAGAUUCGUGGUCAUUGUUUGGGUUUUUGUGGUGCUUGUGCUCACGUCAAGCUACACUGCAACUUUGAGUUCAGUUUUAACAGUACAACAGAUUGGAAUGAAGGAGAAGUCUAUCGGAUUCCUGGAGGAGUUUGCUAAAGCAUUAACAAGUGGAAGUGUUGAUGCAUAUGUGGCUGAGAUCCUGUACGUCAAAUCAUUCCUUGCAAUGUAUUCGGCUGAUGACUUCUCCUUGAUUGCAACAGCAUCCACCACUAAUGGUUUUGGCUUUGUUUGCCCUUUGGCUGGAGAGAUGUCGACUCAGAUAGGAAAGAUGCGGGAAGAGGGCACAUUGAAAGCAUUAGAGGAUAAAUGGUUGAAACGUCAAUCUGCAAUCAUGUCAAACCCUCCUUCACCAAAGGUCUUGAAUCUAUACAGCCUUCGAGGUCUUUUUCUUAUCAACGGUGUGUCAAUGACAUUAGCACUUUUGGUGUAUGUGGUUCAUCUUGUUCACGAAAAAUUGCAUGUCAAAGUUAAGAUGCACAUAUGGAGCAUGAAAUACAUGGACAUGUUAGUAAUGAGGAAUCAACAAUUUGACCUUUUCAUAAGGUUAUUUCCAUUUCUGAUAUUGAUGUUGCUUAGCUUUCAAACCCUUUUAACAGCACAUGAAGAUCCAACUUACAAGGACAUACAGGUGGGAGUGAUUCUUGACAUGGAAUCAGGGGUAGGGAAGGUCAUUUAUCAUUGCGUUACCAUGGCUAUCUCUGACUUUUACAAAGCCAAUCCUGACUACAAAACAAGGAUAGUUUUUAUAACCAGGGAUACCAAAGGAGAACCGUUAUAUGCCUUGUCCGCGGCUCUCAAUCUUUUGGAGAACACCGAGGUGCAAGCGAUAAUAGGUCCAGAAUCAACGGUUGAAGAAAGAUUCUUGGAGGUCUUGGAAGACAAGGCUAACAUACCGAUUCUUUCCUUCUCAACAACUCCCUUUUCGAAUACAAAUCCUAAUCUUCUUGGGAUCACACAGGAUGAAACCACACAGUUCAAAGGCAUUGCUGCCAUGGUAGAAUCCUUUAAAGCCAAGAAUAUGAUAGUUAUCUGUGAGGACACUACAAACGGGAGAGAAAUGGCUACUUAUAUGGUUAGUUCGUUUCAAGAAAAAAACAUAUAUGUUACGUAUACUAGCUUCAUUACAGCCUCUUCCAACAAUGAACAAAUGUGGGAAGAGCUUCGUAAGCUUCAAACUAUGCAAGCCUUGGUGUUUGUGGUGCAUGCGUCACCUUCUCUAGCAACCAAUGUUUUCUCCAUGGCAAAAGAGUUAGGCAUGAUGGACGAAGGAUACAUGUGGAUCGUAACAAGUAAGACUACAAACUACUUGGAUUCCAUGGAUUCUGAAGCAAUCGAAUCAAUGCAGGGGGCUCUAGGUUUCAGAUCAUAUUUUCCUGCAUCAAGGGAGCUUCGGGAAUUUAUUUCGAAAUGGAGAAAGGAACAUUAUGCUUUGGACCCUUUUAUGGAGUUUAAGGAGGUAGAUUCCAAUGGUAUAUGGGCAUAUGAUGCAGUUUACGCACUUGCCAUGGCAGUUGAGAGGGAACAAACUAGAGGAUUAGCUUCGAAAGAAUUGGGUACUAAUAUUGGCACAUCACUACUUUUAGAUGAGAUGUUAAGAGUCAAGUUCCAUGGUUUAGGUGGUGAAUUCAAGCUUAUGAAUGGGAGGAUCAUCACCAAAGUCAUGGAAGUGGUGAAUGUGAUUGGUAAGGGUGAUAGGAGGGUUGGGUUCUGGAUGAUGGGUACUGAUGGUGAAUUUGUGAAAGAAAUUGGAAAAACAAAGUCUUCUUCUUCCAAUUAUCAUGGCCUGGAAAGUAUCAUGUGGCCGGGUGGGACCACAAGCAUUAAUCCAAAACGCAGGAUGCUACAAACAAAUGGCAAAAAGAAGCUCAGAAUUCUGUUUCCAAGUACCAGCAGAUUCCAAAAUAUAGCACAAAUAAGUGUUGAUCCAAGAACAAAUCAAUCGGCUGCAAGCGGCUUCUGUGGUGAUGUUUUCAAUGCUGCAUUUAACGCCUUGGACUAUGGAGUAGGGAUUGAGGUUAUUCCGUUCUCUUAUAAGGAUAUGACUUACAAUGAUGCAAUCGACAAAAUCUUUAGUAAGGAAUAUGAUGCUGCUAUCGGGGAUUUUACAAUCACAGCAAAUAGAUCUCUCUAUGUCGACUUCACAUUGCCCUUCACUGAUCUGGGAACAGGGACAGUUGCCCGAAACGCCAAGAAUAGCAUGUGGAUCUUUUUGAAUCCUCUUAGUGCAAAUCUUUGGAUCACAACUUCUUGUUUCUUUCUCUUUUUGGGGUUUGUCAUUUGGUUUAUUGAACAUCGUAGCAACGAUGAAUUUCAAGGUUCACCGAGACAACAACUCUUUACAACCCUCUGGUUUGCCUUUUCAACCCUCGUUUAUGCUCACAGGGAGAAGCUGCAAAGUAAUCUAUCAAGAUUCGUGGUCGUUGUUUGGAUUUUUGUGGUGCUUGUGCUCACGUCAAGUUACACUGCAACUUUGAGUUCAGUUUUAACAGUACAACAAAUUGGAAUGAAUGAUAUCUCUACCGGAUUCUUCCAGGUUCUUUCGCCCCUGGGAGGAGUUGCCUUUAAUAAACUAAAACCUGUCGACCCUAAUUUGGCGAAACUAUAUACAACUGCGGACUACGCUAAAGCAAUAAACAGUGGAGGUGUUGAUGCACUUGUCGCUGAGAUUCUGUAUAUCAGAUCAAACCUUGCAUUGUAUUAUGCGUCUGACUUCUCCUUGAUUGCAACAGCAUCCACCACCAAUGGUUUCGGCUUUGCAUUCCAGAAAGGUUCACCCUUGGCCAGAGAGAUGUCGACUGAGAUAGCGAAGAUGCGGGAAGACGGGACAUUGAAAGCAUUAGAGGAUAAAUGGUUAAAACUUCAAUAUGCAUCGAUGUCAAAGGAUUUUUCUUCCCCUUCACUAAAAAUCUUGAACCUUUAUGGGCUUCGAGGUCUCUUUCUCAUCAGUGGUGUGUCGAUGGCAUCGGCCCUUUUGUUGUCCAUGAUUCAUCUUGCUCGUGAAAAAAUUAAGAGGAGGAUAUGGAGAUACAUCUUACGAAGAUCUGCCGACGAGGAAUCACCUGUUUGAUUUUUAUUAUACGGAGUAUUAUCAUAUAUAAAACAUUAUACUUAAUAUAUUGUUUCUAACAUUAUAAAAACCAAAAAUGUGUCGAAUAUGUACGAUUUUUUUGUUGU